UGCUAAAAAGUCUCGUGAAACCACAACUCGAUCUUCUUUCAUGUCUUGAGAGCUUCAAUUUCAGAAGAUGACGAUGAAUCCCAAUGUCCAACAGGUGAUGAUGAAUCCCACCAAGCCUGAACGAUCCCGUUUCAUCAUAUCCUCCUUCUUCAUCCUCUUCCUCUGCGCCGUAGUUUCCAUUUACGAAGUCCGUUCCGGCAAUCUCCUGAAGUUCGGCAGUCACACUUUCUUCUCCUACAACUCAUCAUCUUCCGCUAGUUUUCUCCCCCUGAAUUCUACCUCCGACGACAUCCGGAUCUUCAUCGGAAUCCUGACCCUCCCCGACCAGUACCAGCGCCGGCACUUCCUCCGCAUUGUUUACGGCACCCAGUCCCCGGCCGGAGCAAAGGUCGACGUCAAGUUCGUGUUCUGCAACCUCACGAAGGAAGACCAGAAAGUCUUGGUUGCGCUGGAGAUAAUGCGGUACGACGACAUAAUCAUCCUCAACUGCACGGAGAACAUGAACCAGGGCAAGACGUAUACGUACUUCUCGAGCUUGCCGGAGAUGCUGAAUUCCACUGAGGGGCCAUCUCCGCCGUACCAUUACGUAAUGAAGGCGGACGACGACACGUAUCUGAGGCUGGACAACCUGGUGAAGUCUCUAAGGCCAUUGCCCCGUGAAGAUUUGUAUUAUGGUUGCGUGGUUCCAUGUCGAAGCAUGAACCCAUUUGUUCACUUUAUGUCCGGAAUGGGGUACUUGGUUUCAUGGGACAUUGUGGAGUGGAUUGGGGUUUCUGAGAUUCCGAAGAACCACAUGGUAGGCCCCGAAGACAGAGUGUUCGCAGAUUGGCUUCGAGAGGGGAGUAGAGGGAGGAACAGGCACAUGGCGAAGUGGGAGAUGUACGAUUACCCGGAGCCGCGGUCGGUGUGUACACAUGAGCUGUGGCCUAACACCAUUGCAGUGCACCUUCUGAAGAAGCAGGAGAAGUGGAUUGAGACCUUGAAGUAUUUCAAUGUUACCCAGAACUUGAAGCCAUCAAAACUUUAUCAUAUACCUUAGGAUGAUCUGCGAUCAUGUUCAUUUUGUUUAUAUAUUCAUUUUUUUAGUUCUUGGCUUUAAUUUCUGAAUCAGUAUACACUGGUUAUGACGAUUCAAUCAAUAUUACAACAGAGGAAGGGAGUCAAAACGUGGGCUGCCCACUUGAUGUUUAAUUCCCACUGAAAUGUAAUCAUUUUAUUGUGUUCGUCUUGUAAUAAUUAUAAUUUUUUCCAUUUCCAA